AUGCCUAAAUUUAGAGUUCGCCGACCGGUGGUGUUGUGGGGGCGUCCACGGCCUAACCUUGCUUGCAGUACCGGAGAAAUACAUCAUGCUAGAUAUCACUAUAGACAAGGACGUCGAGUCACAACAAGUCCAGAGACAGACGGGAGUCUCGGAGGAGUCAAUAAGAACUACCCGACGUUAAUGCGAACUAAGCCAGCGUCUUUGAAAUGCUCUGGACCCUUGUCGCUCCGAAACAAAGCCUCCUAUCCAUCUCUGGCCGUUCUAUCUCAGUUCAAGUCACUCGGCGUUCUGAAGUACCGUGGGCAACGUGGGGCUGGAAUUUCACGAUCCACCUCAACCAAGAAAAUCCCGGUGAUGAACGGCCGCCUUUUCGUCAAGGCUGAAGGUCGGAAAGUUGAUCGGAGUAACUUAAUAAAUAUUCCGUUCGUCAACACAACUUACAAAACAUCCACUUCCAAAUCAACGGGAUUCGCUGUCCCAAAGUGUUUGUUUACGAACAUUUGUGGCUUGUCGAAAACAAAGAAUCGUGUGCGAACACCUGUGGCUCUUGAGGCUGACCUGAGAUCUCACGACAUUGAUGUGUGUGUUGUCAGCAAAACUCAUCUUUCCACCAAUAUGCCGGACGCCGUGGUGAAUAUCCCAAAUUACAAUGUGUUCAGGCGGGACAGAGGUUGGGCAGACUUGGACAAAAGGAAAAAAGGGGGUGUUGCGGUCUAUGUGAGAGACAGUCUUAAAGUCCUGGAUGUUUACGGUCCAAUUUCUAUGAGUUUAUUGCUUUGACGGUGCUGUUGCCGUCCGAUCACAUUAUGCUAAUUUGUGGCCUGUAUAAUCCUCCCAAGCAUAGCUACCGGGAUAUAGACUUAAUGAAUCUCCUUUGUGGACCUUGUUUUGAACAAACACCCAGAAGCGGCUAUUGUUUGCGGUGGAUAUGUGAAUUGUCUGGACAUGCAAGAAUUUAAGGCUUUGUCUGGCUGA